GCGAUUCUUAGCCGCCACCGCUUCAAGCCUGAGGACCUUUGGCCUUGUGGCUGGAGAGAUUAGGCUACAUCCUUCGGAGAUCAAAUUAUUCCUGGCACCAUGAAUAAAGGCAGCUCCUUUGCGAAGAACUCCAAGGAGGAUACCCAGAAAUCAGAGAAGAAAUGCAAGGCCUUCAAGGAUAUUUCCAAAUACUUCUCUAAGGAAGAGUGGGCAAAGCUUGGAUACUCAGAUAAAAUCACCUACGUGUACAUGAAGAGAAACUAUGACACCAUGACUAGUCUAGGUCUCAGGGCCACUCUCCCAGCCUUCAUGUGUCCUAAAAAACGAGCCAUGCAAUCCAACGGGCGUGAUUCUGAUGAUGAUCAGAACGAGAAUCAGGAUGAAUCUUCUCAGGAAGCUUCUGAUGCUCAAGAGAGAGAGAAAAUGAAGGUGAUGCUCGAGAAAACAAUAAAGGAAGAAAGUGAUUCGGAACCAAUACCAAUAACACCUGGCCCUGAGCAGGCUCAGAAAGAGCCGUGCCCCCCUGAAAAAGCGAGUACCUCUGAUCAACAGAGUGAGAACAUACCAGGACCCAGGAAAUUGAUGAGUAGCGUUUGGGCCUAUAGACUGCGGGAAAGAAAGACCCUGAUCGUGUAUGAAGAGAUCAGUGAUCCCGAGGAAGAUGACUAAAUCUGGAUGUGACAAGUGCCCAUGAUAAGGAGCAGAACCUGGUGGCCUUUCACGAACAUGGGCACGGCUGUGAACUCCUAGCCAUCAGGUGUAUAGCAAGUAAAAGAGUUCACAAUAGUGAAAAGUUAAGCACUAUUUUUCUUACUAUGUGCCAGAUAUUCUGUUAGAUAAUAGAGCUCUGUUAAUAAGCAAGACAUCUACUCAAUGCAUAUUUCUUUCUGUGUAUCCAUGCACUUACUUUAGAAAACAAAGUAUCGUGGGGGUAUUCUCUUCCCAGAACAGCACAACCCUCCUCCCCUGAUGUGAUUGCUGGAGGGCAGCUCUGGGUGUUUGGUUCCACGUGUUUUUCUCUGCAUUUACACACACGUGCGGUACCACUCUAAGUAUCUCCCACCUGCUCUUUCCCACUGCCAGCACAUCCUGGACAAGCACCCCUUAUUUUGUUGCUGUCUAACAGGUGCCCCAUGCUGCAAAACCCUCUUUCUUCAUUUGUGUUGCCUCAGUUGUUGGUAAUUAAUAA